ACAGAACGCUAACCAUAAAAAUCAUAAUAAUUAACGCGUUGGUUUAGUUUAAAUGAUAACUAUCGUUUUGGCGCUGGACGGUUGCUAGCUAACAAACAUUAGCAUGGAAGGACAAUUUUAGAAAGACGUUUUAACGGCAGCUCGGUUCACGGUAAAGAGAGGACAAUGGUGCGAACAUGAUCGAUGGCGUCUCAAAAGGAGAAGCGGCUCUGCAAAGAGGCAGAGGCAGGAGGAGGCCACCCGCAGAGAUGCUCCAUCUGCUGUCAGCUGUCAUCGUUUGGCUGGUGACCGGCACCACCAUCUCCAGCCUCAACAAAUGGAUCUUCGCCGUUUACAACUUCAGGUAUCCACUCCUGCUGUCAGCGCUGCACAUGCUGACGGCCAUAGUGGUGGACUAUGGGCUCAUCAAACUGCGGGUCAUCCGCCACAGAGGGGCUGCAGAGCGGGACCUGACACCCAGCGCAAAAUGCAAGGUGUUCCUGUUGAGCCUGACGUUUUGUGCCAGCAUCGCCUUUGGAAACAUGGGUCUGAACCACGUCCAGCUGUCCUUUGCACAAAUGAUCUACACCACCACCCCUCUCUUUACUUUGGCCAUCUCCACUCUCAUCCUGGGAAAGCAGCACCACAUCCUCAAAUACACAGCCAUGAUGCCCAUCUGCCUGGGGGCAUCUUUCAGCAUCAUGGGGGAGGUCCAGUUUGAUCAGACCGGCUGCUUCUACGUGUUUGCAGCGACCAUGCUGAGAGGAGUCAAGUCUAUUCAGCAAAGCAUUUUACUGCAGGAGGAGAAGAUCAACUCCGUGUUCUUGCUUUACCUGAUGUCCAUUCCCAGUUUCUGCAUCCUGGCCGUGGCUGCCCUGGCUUUGGAAAACUGGGCUUUGCUGGAGUCACCGCUGCAUUACGACCGCCGCCUGUGGGUCUUCAUCCUGCUCAGCUGCCUGGGCUCGGUCAUGUACAACCUGGCCAGCUGCUGCGUCAUCACUCUCACCUCAGCCGUCACCCUGCACAUCCUCGGCAACCUGAACGUGGUGGGAAACCUGCUCUUGUCUCAGCUGCUGUUCGGCAGCGAGCUGUCCGCCCUCAGCUGCCUCGGGGCAGUGCUCACCUUGUCUGGCAUGCUGAUAUAUCAGAACUCGGAGUUUAUUGUCGACUUCAUGGAUGCCCGCAGGUCUAAAGCUGCAGAACGGGCGGAUUUUCACACCGCCGCAUGCGAGGAGAAAGAAGCAGAAGCAUCCGAUCAAACACAUCAUUCUUGGGGAGCGGACGUAAAGCAGGAAAAAACGGACUGAGCAUCAAUUAAAACCCUAUCAGACACUGUAAUUCGUGCUUUCUUCCCUUUAGGGAGAGGCUUUCACCCUCUCUUCUUCCUCGUGCCAAUUUACUUUACAGCUGGAGACUCCAUGAAAAUUCUUUGCCUUUAGAUUCGAUGAGGGUUGGCCAAAACCUGCUGUUUAUCCAUGAUCACUCGUAUGCAUGCUUGAGCAUGCAGAAGCACACUGAACUGUUCUUCAGUCACACUAACACUGUGAAAACGUACUCCAGAGGGCUCCAAUCCACGGUUUUGAAGGCUCAGGCGGGGCUUGCAGAGCUUUCUGCUCUGCAUUUAAAUCGGCACUAUUUUUAUUGAAAAUAUAUUUAUAAAACUGGUACUGUUACCAGAUAUUCACCCGUCCCUGUCGUGUGAAGGGGCGGGGCACUCGGGCAGCUUUUUGUGUUUGUAUAUAAAGGAGGGACUCGAUUGUGGGGCUUUGGCUUUGCGGCUGAAGAUGCAGUGAUGGACAAAGUUUUUCUGUGCAAUGAAGCGCUUCUCCCCUCCUGAAGCACAUUUGGACUCAGAGGCAGGAGCUGUGUGUUUUCUCCUCCGUUAUGAACUUUGAUGCGACUUCACAUUGAAGGCCUAGAUUCUGUUCACAUGGCAACCUGAAAAGAUGUCUCUGUAGAGUCAGUCCAAUUACUCCUCCUAUACAGCAGCACGCUCCUUUCUUGGCAGUUCCCCUCCAUAAUUAGUCUCACAAGCUCUCUAAGGAGUGUCACUCAGCUUCAGUCAUUUGUCUGCUUGGAAGCAGGGAAAGAAAAUUCAGAGUGAGCCAUCUUUGAAGGUUGCUUCUUUUUAAAAAGUUGAGAAAGCGGAUUUCUGCUGUUUACAUGCACAUCAAUACUCUGAUUCUAUUUAAGACAAUGUUUUUGUUUUAGAGUUUUGCUUGGGUGUACUUUAAAACUACAAAUUAGAGCAUGAUGGGAAUAAUAAUCACACCAACUUUACCUCUCUUUACGAUUUACUUCCCUUUAUUUUGCUCCUCCCUGACCUCCACUCUUCUUUUUACUUUUUACGGGUUAUAAAGUAGCGACAUUAGUCUGGAGGAUUCAGUUAAUCCUUUUCGACUGAUUAUUUACAUUUUUUUAGUGUAAGGUUGCUUGAAAAUGAUUACAUUUGCAUUGUCAUUUUCAGAGUAAUCAGAUUACCGCUGUGCAUGUAAACACAUCCAGAGCUGCCUCUUUCAGUAUUUUAUUUAAAAUUCUAUUUUUUUAAAAGAUGCCAUUCAUAUUUAUUUACAUUAAAGCCAACAUAGAUUUUAUUUCUUAGGGUGUUUAGUAAUCACUGACGUUAAAUGAAGCAGAUCCCUGAAAUCAUUUGCAAUAAGAGCUGUUCCCUCUGAGAGCAGGAGACUGCUUGUUCAUUCUUCCAGUGGGAGAAAAUCAUUUAAUGUUUCAUUUCCCACAUGUGUACUUUAAAUCUGCUCUUUUUAAGUUGCCAUACUGGUUCCGUCAGCGAUGAUGGUUGCUGUUUAAUGUCUUGUGGCGCAACUCAACUACAAGUCUUGACAAAAAAAACAAAAAAAAUAAAAUAACAUGUAUGCUUGAUUUUUGCCAUAAGCAAGUCUGCAUUUACAUUUCUAGAAUGCCACACAUUCUUUAGAGGAGAACUUGCUUCAAAAUGCUAAUUUCUCCUGCCUAAACUAGUGCACAUGUUUUUGUUGGUUUGGCAUUUGAAUAUUGCUUCUGUUACAUUAAAAAACAUAAAAUAUUCUAAAUAUCGUUAAACUAGUCUAACAAGGAAUACCUCAGUUUUUAAGUAGAACUUCCAACAGUUGCAUCUAUUUAUUAAUAAUAGUUAAAUAAAGCAGCUUUUCAACAAUGAUCGAAUAACACUUAUCAUUUUCAAACUGGUUUUUAUUUUUUUAAUCUUAAUAAUCAAAGUUUAGCUGCUUGUUCUUAUGUUGAGAAGGAUUUGGUGAGAUGCUACUGUUACUCUGACGCGAUACAAAGAUGUUGCCUUUACAGCUACUGUUUCUUUGUACACUUCUGGUUUUAACAUUUGCAAUGUUGGUUGGAUGUAAAUAGUUACGUUAUCAUCUUUAGCCAUUUUGUAUUCACCUCUGGUUUUAUUGGUUAAAAUGUUAUUUACCUCAUGCCUUAUUUGGACAUAAUGAUGAUGUAAAAGCAUGGAUUUCAGUGGAUCAGUUCAUGCUCUGCAUUCUGCUGGUGCUUCUGUUCAACGGUAAAGAUCAUUUGUAGGCAAAUGAUUAAAAAAGAAAGAAAAGUACUGGAACAACAAAUAAACAAACUUAAGCACCU